AGGAGGAGAAGAAAGAAGUGCAAAAACCAAAAUCCAAAACCGAAAAUCCAUGGCUGCCCACGAUAGCGAAGGAUCCAUACUGGUAUUCGCGCAAUUCCAGAGCAAGGUGGACGAGGGUUUCUGGCACAGGUUGUCCUCUCUCAAGCUCAACAAGCUCGGCAUCGACGACUCUCCCAUUCCCAUCACUGGAUUUUAUGCGCCUUGGUCACAUCCUCAAGUACCAAAUAAUUUAACUCUACUAGCUCAGUCUUUGCCUACUGAAUUAAGCGAGCAAUCUUCAACAGCAGCCACAAGUCAUGGCAACAGGAACAGGUGCCCUGUCCAGGGCACUCUUUACAACAUGAAUACAAUAGAAAGCUUCCAUGCGCUUGACAAGAAGAACUUGCUAAAGGAAGAAGCAAAGAAGAUUUGGGACGACAUGCAUACUGGAAAAGCCGUAGAGGACAGUGCGUUACUCUCAAGGUUCCUUCUUAUCUCGUUCGCAGACCUGAAAAAUUGGACCUUUCAUUACUGGUUUGCUUUCCCUGCUCUGGUGCUUGAUCCUCCAGCAACCUUGGUUGAUUUAAGGCGAGCUUCAGAGUAUUUUAGCUUAGAAGAGGCGGAAUCUGUUUCUGCAGCUUGUAAUGAGUGGCGUAACUCAAGCUUUACAGCCGAGGUUCCAUUCUUUUUGGUCAGUAUUGAUCCAAAUUCACAAGCUACUGUUAAGCAUUUAAAGGAUUGGGAAACCUGCCAAAGCGAUGGUCACAAGUUGCUGUUCGGUUUUUAUGACCCGUGUCAUCUUCCAAAUAAUCCUGGUUGGCCUCUUCGCAACUUCCUUGCUCUUAUUUGUGUGAGAUGGAGUCUCAAGUCAGUUCGCUUUUUAUGUUAUAGAGAGAAUCGUGGUUUCGCAGAUCUGGGGUUGUCUCUUGUCGGUGAAGCCUUGAUUACAGUUUCACAAGGCUGGAGAGAGCAUCAAUGUUUACCUAAUGCAGUGGGUUGGGAACAUAACAAAGGGAGGCAAGUAUCCAGGUGUAUUAACCUUGCUAAAUCCAUGGAUCCAACAAGGUUGGCCAUAUCUGCUGCGGAUUUGAAUUUAAAAUUAAUGAGAUGGCGUGCUUUGCCAUCUCUGAAUUUAGAUGCCUUGUCAUCUAUCAAGUGUCUACUACUAGGAGCAGGUACACUUGGAUGCCAGGUGGCUCGCAUGCUUCUGGCUUGGGGUGUCCGAAAAAUUACACUGCUUGACAAUGGCAGGGUUGCCAUGUCGAAUCCAUUGAGGCAGUCCCUGUAUACAUUGGAUGACUGCCUCAAUGGUGGUGAAUUUAAAGCCACAGCAGCAGUCAAAAGUCUCACUCGGAUAUUUCCAGCUGUGGAUGCAGAAGGUAUUGUGAUGGCUAUACCAAUGCCUGGGCAUCCUGUGCCUAACCAUGAAGAGGAUAGUGUGCUUGAAGAUUGUAGACGCCUUCAUGAUUUGAUUGAUUCUCAUGAUGCAGUUUUCUUGUUGACUGAUACAAGGGAAAGUCGGUGGCUACCUACACUUCUCUGUGCCAAUACUAACAAGAUUACCAUAACUGCAGCUCUAGGGUUUGAUAGCUUUUUGGUUAUGCGCCAUGGAGCCGGUCCUUUCAGCUCUAACCAUGACUUCAGAGCUGAAGCUGCUAAUGCUUUAUCUGCUAUUGGAAAUGUUGCUCGAAUUGAUAGCGAUGGAAGGCAGAGAUUGGGCUGUUACUUCUGCAACGACGUGAUUGCGCCAAUUGAUUCAACUGCCAACCGCACCUUGGACCAGCAAUGCACUGUUACACGACCAGGACUUGCUCCUAUUGCUUCGGCUCUUGCCGUUGAACUUUUGGUGGGGAUCCUGCAUCACCCUCAAGGAAUAUUUGCAGAUGGUGAGGUUGCAAACUCCAGUAGUAAUGGAAGCAGUGAGCAGCCUCUUGGUAUUUUACCCCACCAGAUUCGAGGUUCCCUCUCUCAAUUUUCUCAGAUGAUGCUUGUGGGUCACUCCUCAAACAGUUGCACAGCUUGUUCCAGCACUGUGGUAUCAGAAUAUCAGGAAAGAGGAAUGGAAUUUAUUAUCCAAGCAAUCAACCAUCCUACCUAUCUAGAAGAUCUCACUGGUCUAACAGAGUUGAUGAAAUCAGCCAGCUCCUUUAACCUUGACUGGGAUAAUGAGACGGAUCUUGAAGAAGAUGAUGAUUGUGUCCAAGUUUAAGUAAUUCCUUUGGCUAAUUUGCAUUUUUUAUUAAACUAGUAUUAGAGUUGGCAUGUGAAACCUAAUUUAGUCACCAUAUUGGAGUUCACUACUAAUGGUUCAUAUUUGUUUAGCCAAACCUUUGUAUCCAAUUCCACCUUAACACACUGGGAUAAUUGUCUUAUCCAAUACCCAUUAGUAGGCAUGCAAUAGUUGGUUUUCAUCCUUGUCAUCUUGUAUACAGACUUAUGUGAUGUACUUAAUAUUAAUUAUUUGUUAAUCGAAUACAAAUAU